CUUAAUAGCUGGUGUUAGCCGUGUGUCAGCCUCAUUAGUGGCGAGAAGAACAGUUAAACGGACUGUCACUUUAUUUAACAAAGAACACUAUGAAUCAAGAGAAGCUCGCUAAACUUCAGGCACAGGUCCGGAUAGGUGGAAAGGGAACGGCCCGCAGGAAGAAAAAGGUUGUUCACAAAACAGCAACAGCUGAUGACAAGAAGCUCCAAGGCUCACUGAAGAAACUGGCUGUGAACAACAUUGCAGGGAUUGAAGAGGUGAAUAUGAUAAAAGACGAUGGGACGGUGAUCCACUUCAACAACCCCAAAGUGCAGGCGUCUCUGUCUGCCAACACCUUCGCCAUCACGGGCCACGCUGAGACCAAGCAGCUGACAGAGAUGCUGCCAGGCAUCCUGAGCCAGCUGGGGGCUGACAGCCUCAGCAGCCUGCGCAAGCUGGCCGAGCAGUUCCCACGGCAAUCAAUGGACAUGAAAGCAGUCAAGGAGGAAAUCGCUGAAGAAGAGGAUGAUGAUGUCCCAGAUCUCGUGGAGAACUUCGACGAAGCCUCAAAGAACGAAGCAAACUGAUGAAUCCCCUUAGUUUUUCUUUCUCCUUCUUCUUCCAUCAACCGUUUGUUUUUGUUUUUUUUCUUUUAAACCUCCUGGCAAACUCACAAAGGGCAUUUCCUCUUGUGGGGAAAAACGGUUGUUAAAGGUGCAAUGCAUCCUCUUUGGAGACGUGAACCACUUGGGUUUUAGCCAGCCUCAGCAGCACGACACCAACAACAUGCAGAUACAGUAGGUUUAUGAUUUGUGUAGGCUGUGACAUCGUGGACACGCAGAGAGAACGAGACCCAAGAUCUGUGCCACUCUCAGCACCCAAAGGACUCGAACCGCAUUAAAAAUAAGCUUUCUACAUGGUUUAAACGUGGCUAGUAUUUAAGAGAUUGUUUAUUAAAUUACAAUAAGAGUGAAUUAAAAGUUCAUUUUACAUAUAGUGGUGAUUAUGAAUUUAAUAAAACAUUUUUGGGCUAUU